CUUUUGGACCAGAACCUCGAGGAUGGCAUCGACAACGCUCAGUAAAGAAAUACUCAAGAUUUAUGACGGAUUGCCACCGGAGGCCCAACGAGCGUUUAUUGAGAAGACGUUUGCAGAACUACUGCAAAAUGCGCCUGAGGGAAGGUCGGAUGAAGUCAAAACAUCAGUUCUGAACCUCAAACAACGGUACGAUGGCGCUCCAAAGCUGGAUCUAUUCGGGAAACACAAACAAAUGGACAUGUUGUUCGAGGUGUUGGCGAAAGAGUCCAAACUCUCACUUUUUGGAGACCGGAGCAACCGCGAAGAGGUGUUGGCGGAGAUUGUUGUGACCCUCACGUCGUGGCUUGGGGACAUUUGGAGGACGGUCUAUGAAUAUCGGACCAACUUCAAUCUGGCGCAUAGGUGUCUGCUGUUUGUGUCAGAUUCGUUGAAACAGCUUGAUGAAGGCGCAGGAUCUAGAUGUCGCUGUGACUUCAUUAACAUCCCGGUCCACAUCGUCAUCAAGGACAAGACCGGAAAGACAGUGAAGGUUCUUAAUGCCAGAGGCGCACAAGAGAUUGAACGCGUUAUCUUCUGGAUAUGGCGAGACAUGUGCCUCUGCAUUCUCUCUGAGGACCCGGAACAGGCCAAAACUGCCAUCCCACGGAUGCUCGAAGACAUCGAACAUGUUUACGGCUUCCCCAGCAUGAAGAAGCUUCUCUUUGGCGGAAAGAAAACUGAAGAGGAGGAAGAGGAAGAAGAGGAUCUCGACGGCUAUGUGGAUGAUGCGAUUUAUGAUGAAGACGAGGAUGGCUAUGAAUCGGACAGCUCGUACGCCAUGUGUCCGUUCCAUUCGAGCCACUGGGAUGGGCAGUUUGGACCUGAAGCCCAGCAGCUUCGGGUGAUGGUGGAAGAAUUCAUGUUCACUGUCUUCACUGCGACUCCUUCAUUGCCUUUGUACAACCUCAUUAUCGACGUCAGUGCCGACAGAAAGGCAGCUCGGACUCGGGUCAGUACGAUCCUAGAGGAAGUCGCUGGAAGCACCGCCGAGUCCCUCAUCGCAGCGCUGGGGAUUGCCAUUACGAACGACAACACCAAUGGCAUUGUCUCGCUGCUCGAUGAGUAUGGGCAUCUUCUCCGACCCCGGGAUGCCACUGUUCUUCAGGGAGCGACUGCCACCCUCAGCAACUCCGAACACCACGCCCGUGCCCUCACCAUCCUCGAAAGCGAACUUGACGACACGCUCCAGUCCAUUUACAGGGCUGUGCGGUCAUCUUUCUCUCACUUCGAAGAACCUCAGCACUUGAAGACGCUCUCGGAGAUCAUGAAGAUGAGAUCGGGGUCUUCACAGCGUCAAGAUAGGAUCGAGACCUGGACCGAGUCUGUCUUGACCUCGCCUUCAGGUUCUAUGGGCUCCAUGGCCUUUGCAGCCAUGAUGAUUGGUCUGCCUGUACCUGGAAUGGGAGAGGAAGGAGAAGACAACAGUGAUUUGCUCAACCUGAUUGAUAUGGAAAACCCACACGACCCUGACUAUGACGACAUUCGGGAAGAGUUCAGACCCAACUUGAAGCAGCGAUUCGAAGGGUGGGCGAAUUUGGGUUCAAUCAUGAAGGGUGGACCUACCACUCUGGCCAAGUUGUAUGCAAAGGCGAUCGAACUCAUGCCUUUCUUGAAGGCGGCUGAUGUCACACAGGAGAUGGCUGCACGAUUGGGUGAUCGACCGAGCAAAGUAUACGUUUCCGAUGCCCUGAUGGCCCUCUCCUCAUUCUGCAAGAGCCAGCGAAAGAAGAUCAACGCGACACGGAAGGACAGCGAGAGGAAAGCACAGAAAGCUGCCGCUAAGGCCCUCCGAGCAGCCAUCGACGCUGCUGACGCUCGUGCAGCUGCUGAGGUCGAAGCUGCUGGAGCCAGUCCCACACCUACCUCGAAUGGCGUCUUCAGCUUCGCUGGCGGACGUGCUUUUGAGGUUAUUAACCCCCAAGCCUCCGGUUCGGGAUCCAGUAGCGCCGCUGCUGGCACCUCAUCUGCCCCUGGACCUUCUUCGACAGCCUCAACAAACUCUGCUCCGGGUCCAUCUCAGAAUGGAUCCGAUCUCGAGUCGAUGACCUCCCGCAUGCGUAUGGCAGGUCAAGCUGCCGCCUCUGCGGACAUUGCCAGUGCUUUGAGUUUUUUCUUGAAUUCGAGGACAUCGACGAGUGGUGCCUCCACGUCGUCGACUCCUGCACCCUCCACCUCGUCGUCGACUUCCGGGGCAGCUAGUUCGACGCCCGGCCCGUCCACUUCCGCUGUUCCUUCCUCCUCAUCCGCCACGCCCUCACAAUCUACCUCUGUCGGACCGUCGUCCUCUUCCACAAAUACGUCUCCGCCAUCGCCUGCUGGCUAUGGUGGAUUCUUCCCGUUCGCGUUCCAGGGCUCAAUCCUUGGGCCGCUGAACCCUUCUUACCCAAGUAUCGACGACGUCGAUUAG